AUGUUGACAUCAUCUGUGUUCUGUGGGAGAGCAGAGACUCACCCUGAGUGGCUGCAUUCCAGCACCAACGGCUUCCACGGGCCCAAGCUGGGCGCGGAGCAGCAGCAGAAUGUGCUGGUCAUCCCCGUCCUCCUCUACGUCCACCAGCUGAUCUCACAGCAGCAGCAGAACGUGCUGGUCAUCACCCUGAUCUCACAGCAGCAGCAGAACGUGCUGGUCAUCACCGUCUUCCUCUCCUCGCUCUACUCGGCCGUCUGCGGACUCGUGCUCGUCCACGGCAAGAAGAGCCACUGGAAGGAGCUGCUGCACCUCUACAGCCUCACGCUGGACAGACUUCACACCACCGACGUCUGCAGGUUUUUUGUCCAUUUUUUAGGACAAAACAUGGCGGACGACGCAGCCAAAAGACAGAAGUCUUUCACUUGUUCAGUUUGUCUGGAUCUACUGAAGAAUCCAGUCUCCAUUCCAUGUGGACACACAUAUUGUUUGGACUGUAUUAAAGGCUGCUGGGAUCAGGAGGAUGGUAAAGGCAUCUACAGCUGCCCCCAGUGCAGACGGACAUUUAGGCCGAGACCUGCUCUCUGUAAAAACACUCUGAUUGCUGAGCUGGUGGAGGACUUUAGGAAGACUGGACUCCAGGCUGCUGCAGAAAGGACCGACAAACAGUUGGGACAGACCCAGAAGACAUUCCAGCAGAGAAUCCAGGAGAGAAAGAAGGAGCUGCAGGAGCUGAGGAAGGCUGUGGACACUCUCAAGAGCUCUGCACAGACAGCAGUGGAGGACAGUGAGAGGAUCUUCACUGAGAUGAUCCGCUCCAUUGAGAGAAGGCGCUCUGAGGUGACAGAGCUGAUCAGAGGUCAGGAGAAGGCUGAGGUGAGUCGGGCUGAAGAACAUCUGAAGCAACUGGAGCAGGAGAUUGCUGAGCUGAAGAGGAGAGAUGCUGAACUGGAGCAGCUUUCACACACAGAGGAUCACAUCCAUUUCCUCAAGAAAGUCCCUUCAAUCAGAGACUCUCAUCGCUCUAAAGAUUUACCCAGCAUGACCUUCAGCCAACGUUUCUCUUUUGAGGCUGUGAAGGAAUCUGUCUCCCUAAUGAAGGUGCAACUGGAUAACAUCUUCAAGCAGGAAGGAGCCAAGAUAUCUGCAACAGUGUCUGAUGUCCAGGCUGUUUUUACUGAGCCAGUAACGAGAGAGGAGUUCUUAAAGUACUCCUGUCACUUCACACUGGAUCCAAACACAGCAUACAGAAACCUCCAUCUGUCUGAGGGGAACAGGAGGGUGGAGAAGAGAGCUGGGCUCCACUCAUAUCCGGAUCAUCCAGAGAGAUUUGAGAAGUGGUCUCAGGUGCUGUGUAGUGAGGGUGUGUCUGGACGCUGCUACUGGGAGGUGGCGUGGAGUGGGCAGCAGGUUUAUAUAGCAGUCUCAUAUAAAAGCAUCAGCAGGAAAGGAGGUGCUGAGUGUGGGUUUGGACAUAAUGAUCAGUCCUGGAGUCUGCACUGCGGCAGCUUCUUCUCCUAUUUCAGGCACAACAACAAAGAGACUAAACUCCCUCUAGUGGUCACCUACAGAAUAGGAGUUUAUGUGGAUCACAGGGCAGGAACUCUGGCCUUCUACAGCAUCUCUGACACAAUGACCCUCUUGCACAGAGUCAAGACUACAUUCACUCACACACUCUAUCCUGGGUUUUGGAUAAAUACUGGAUCAUCAGUGAAGCUGUUGUGA